GGAAGAGCAAGAGGAGGAGGAGGAGGAGGAGUGGAACAGCCUGUCUGUCGUCGGAGGAGACGGGGCCAUCGCAGAGCGGGCCAGAGCUGGCGACUGGGCGACAUGAGGGACUGGGCGGCCCCCGAGCGGAGGAGGGGCGCCGUGGCCGCCCCGGGGGCUCCUGGCGGCGCCUGCUAGCCGCCUGCAUGACCCUCCUGCCGCUGCCGCUGCUGCCGGGAGGCUGAGCGUGCGCCUGCCCGGGGCCUCCCUUCCCGGACCUGCCAUGACACCGCCGGGUCCCCGGCGCGGCCGCAAGGCGGAGGCCCUGGGCUCCUGGCUGCUGCAGCUGCUGCUGUGCCUGGGUCCCGCCGUCGGGCAGCUCCGCUACGCAGUGCAGGAGGAGGUGCCGCGGGGCGCCGUGGUGGGCAGCGUGGCGGACGACCUGGCCCUGGAGCCCCGGCAGCUGGCGUCGAGGGGCGCCCGGCUGACGUCGGGCAGCGGUCGGCAGUACUUGGCGCUGGACGUGGGCCGCGGGUUGCUGGUGGUGAAGGAGCGCGUGGACCGGGAGGCGCUGUGCGAGCUCAGCCCGUCGUGCUUCCUCAGCCUGGAGCUGGUGAUCGAGCAGCCCGUCGAGGUGCACGGCGUGGAGGUGGAGGUGCUGGACAUCAACGACCACGCGCCCCGUUUCCCCCGCCAGGAGUACCGGCUGGACGUCAGCGAGUCCGCGCUGCCGGGCGCCCGCUUCCCCAUCGAGGGCGCCGACGACCCCGACGUGGGCUCCAACUCGGUGCAGAGCUACCGCCUCAGCCCCAGCGAGCACUUCGGGCUGGGCCUGGGGGACUUCGAGCGCGGCAGCAAACUCCUGGAGCUGGUGCUGCUGCAGCCCCUCGACCGCGAGCAGAGCGCCCGCCAGCAGCUGGUGCUCACCGCCGUCGACGGAGGCGACCCGGCCAAGUCCGCCACGGCCCAGAUCUCCGUGCGGGUCUUGGACACCAACGACAACUCGCCGGAGUUCGACCGCGGCACCUACACGGCGACUUUAAUGGAGAAUGUGGCGCCAGGCACGCUGGUGGCAAGGCUGAACGCCUCCGACCCGGACGAGGGCUCCAACGGCGACGUGCGCUAUUCCUUCAGCAGCUACACCCCGGAGAAAGUGCGCCAGCUCUUCAGCGUGGACCCAGUGUCGGGAGAGGUGAGGGUUAACGGGACGCUGGACUACGAGGAAGCCUCCUCCUAUGAGAUCUAUGUACAAGCCACCGAUAGGGGCCCCGUCCCCAUGGCUGGGCACUGCAAGGUGCUAGUCCACAUUGUGGAUGCCAAUGAUAAUGCCCCUGAGGUUGUGCUGACUUCCUUGUACAGCCCCGUCUCUGAGGAUGCCCCCCCUGACACCGUGGUGGCCUUAAUGAGCGUCACUGACCAGGACUCUGGCCAGAACAGGCAAGUCAGCUUGAGCAUUCCUGCCAACCUCCCUUUCAAACUUAAUUCCUUCAAAAACUCUUACACCCUGGUGACUCAGGGGGUUCUCGACCGCGAAAGGGCUGCUGCCUACAAUAUUACCAUCACUGCUGCAGAUGCAGGGAUCCCUCCCUUAUCUUCUCACAAAGUCAUCGAGGUGGACAUCUCCGAUAUCAAUGACAACCCACCACGGUUUGAAGAAUCUGCUUACUCUGUUUACAUCCCUGAAAACAAUGCUCCAGGGGUUUCCCUCUGCACUGCCAAGGCUGUUGACCUUGAUGCCAAUGAAAAUGCCCACAUUUCCUACUCUCUGCUGAACAGAGAGAUUCAAGGGCUCCCUGUGGCCUCCUAUGUCUCCAUUAAACCUGACACUGGUGACAUUUAUGCUGUUAUUUCCUUUGACUAUGAACAGCUGAGGGAGUUCCAGGUUGUUGUGCAGGCCCAAGACUCGGGGGUGCCACCACUCAGUAGCACAGCCACAGUGAACAUCUAUGUGGUGGAUCAGAAUGACCAUGCACCACAGAUUCUGUAUCCUGCCCCAGUUAAUGCCUCAGCAGCUAUGGAGAUGAUCCCUCGCUCAGCCAGCACUGGAUACUUGGUGACCAAAGUCAUAGCCAUUGAUGCAGACUCUGGGCAAAAUGCAUGGCUCUUCUUUCACCUGGCCCAGUCUUCAGCUCCAGACUUCUUCAGAGUGGCACUUCACAGUGGAGAAGUUAGGACUACUCGAAAACUGCCGGAGGACACUGUGACCACCUUCAACCUUACUGUUGUAGUGAGAGACAAUGGAAAGCCACCCUUGUCUUCCUCCGUGUCUAUCAUAGUUGCCGUGGUGGACAGGAUAUCCAAAAUCAUUCCUGACACCAGGAGGCACGUAAAAAGCUCUAGAAGUUACUCUGAGAUCACGCUUUAUCUCAUUGUUGCUCUGAGCUCUGUCUCAUUUAUAUUUCUCUUGACAAUCGUUGUCCUCGCUGUAAUCAAGUGCCAGAAACACAGUGUGCACAUGAGCUCCUGUUGUGGGGGGUUCUGUGGGACGCCCAGAGAAAGGUGCCCGGUCGAAAUGUACAAGCAGGCAAAUAACAACCUUGACACCAGAAUGUCAAAUGGUUUAAAAGUCCAGCCCCAUUUUGUUGAAGUGCGGGGCAAUGGCUCUCUUUCCAAGACCUACUGCUAUAAAGCUUGUCUGACUGCAGGCUCAGGAAGUGAUACUUUCAUGUUUUACAACACCGGGGUCCCAGCAGGAAUCCACUCCCAGGCUGGGAUGGCUGAGAGACAUCUGACUGGGCAGAGUGGGCAGAGCGCACAGAACCUGAUCAUACUUAAAAGUGAGCCCAUCACUCCAAAUGAGCCAAAACCACCCAAUCCUGACUGGCGUUAUUCUGCAUCUUUAAGAGCUGGAAUGCAAGGUGCUGUACACAUGGAGGAAGCAGGAGGCUUACGUGUGGGACCUGGAGGACCUGAGCAGCAGUGGCCAACAGUAUCCAGCGCAACAACAGAACCAGAGGCUGGCGAGGUGUCCCCUCCAGUGGGAGCUGGCGUGAACAGCAACAGUUGGACCUUUAAAUAUGGACCUGGCAACUCCAAGCAGCCUGGUCCCGGUGAGUUGCCAGACAAAUUCAUUAUCCCAGGAUCUCCUGCAAUCAUCUCCAUCCGUCAGGAUCCGCCAAACAGCCAAACUGACAAAAGUGACUUCAUAACCUUUGGCAAGAAGGAGGAGAGCAAGAAAAAGAAGAAAAAGAAGAAGGGGAACAAAGCUCAGGAGAAAAAAGAAAAGGGCAACAGCACCACUGACAACAGUGACCAGUGAGGGGUUUAUACUGAACAAUCUACUUAGCCAAUUUUUGUAAUCUUGGAAGAUCUCUCCUAUGUAGCAACUCCCAACUUCUUCCUACUGUUAGCCAAUUUCCUGUAUGUGCAAGACUUCAGAAAUCCACAGGGAAUUCACAAUGUCUGUCUAGAUUGCUUAACAGUUUUGUCUUGAAAGCUUUAUUAAGCCUGGUGUUAACUCUUUUUCUCCACUCUGGCUUGUUUUCAGAAUCUAAAAAGCAGACACAAGUUUCUUUUCUCCUACGCUGAAAAGGAGACUCUUCACAAUACAGCCAGUGCGAGGUUGGACUCUUUGCAUUGUGG